GCACCGUCGGGCUCAUUCCUUAGGUUUUCCGUCCUUUCCACUCCUUCUUCUUCUUCAUAAAAGUUCGUCUGGCUAUCGAACUUGGAACAACUGGUUGGAAAAAUCGACGGGAUUUCUCUUGUUGACCAACUUGGCUUAACAAUUGUUCGUGUCGUCACCAAGAAUGUACCGCACACGAAGCCUUGUUGCUGGUUUGCUUCCUCUUCUUCCUGGGGCAACACCUGAGCGAUUGGCUGUUUGGCUUGUCAAAGGCUAUGUGCAGAACUCCUCAGCCAGAGCACCCUUGGCUGCCUUAAACAUCAGGCAGUAUUCUGCCGCCCCACCUCCACCAACGCAAGCAGCUGCUGAACCCUUCCUCAAUGGAUCUUCAUCUGUCUAUGUUGAGGAAAUGUACAAUUCCUGGCUUCAAGACCCUAAAAGUGUCCAUGCAUCAUGGGACUCCUUUUUCAGAAAUGCCAGUGCAGGUGCCGGGCCGGGCCAAGCCUAUCAAGCACCACCGUCCUUGGCUGUACCGGGCAAACACGAAAUUCCAAUUACUGCUUUAGUGCCACAGUUUGCGACGUCAGGUGUUUCAACUGGUCUACCUAUAGAUGAAAAAAUCAUUGACGAUCAUCUGGCCGUGCAGGCAAUCAUUCGCUCUUAUCAGACCAGAGGACAUCACAUGGCCGAUUUAGACCCGCUGGGCAUCAAUCUGGCUGACCUGGACGCCUCCGUCGCCCCUGAGCUGCAGCUCUCGAGCUACCAUUUUGACAAUAUACCGCCAGGCACGGAUAAUGACUUUCAGCUAUCUAAGAAGCAAACGUACUACGAAUUGGCCCCUCCACUCGCCCGCUCCCUCUUAUGGCAGGAAAAGGAUAUGGACAGGGUUUUCAAACUGCCAGCCACCACUUACAUUGGGAAGCCGGACGAGCGAGCACUGCCACUCAGAGAGAUCCUCAGUCGAUUAGAAGCAGCAUAUUGUCGUCACAUUGGUGUCGAAUUUAUGUUCAUCAAUUCCUUGGAGCAAUGCAACUGGAUUCGAAAACGUUUCGAGACGCCCGGCGCCAUGAGUUUGGACGCCGAGGGAAAAAGACUCCUCCUUGCUCGUGUUACACGUGCUGCUGGAUUUGAGGCUUUCCUCGCUCGCAAGUGGACGUCUGAAAAGCGUUUCGGCUUGGAGGGUUGCGAAAUGCUCAUUCCAGCCAUGAAGACGAUCAUCGACAAGUCCAGCGAGUUGGGCGUCGAGUCGAUCAUCAUGGGUAUGCCUCACCGUGGCCGUCUCAACGUCUUGGCCAACGUCUGCCGCAAACCACUUGAGCAAAUCUUCACCCAAUUCGCCGGCCUGGAAGCCGCUGAUGAUGUAAAUCCAGAAAGAUGCAACUUGAUUUACCUUAUUGAAUUAUCUAUUUUUCUUUUUAAGGGCUCCGGAGAUGUCAAAUACCAUUUGGGCACAUACAUUGAGCGACUCAAUCGCGUUACCAACAAGAACAUCCGUUUGGCUGUUGUUGCCAACCCAUCGCAUUUGGAAGCCGUCGAUCCGAUUGUCCAAGGAAAAACACGUGCCGAGCAGUUUUACAAGGGCGACAGCGAAGGCAAAAAGACGAUGUCGAUCCUUCUGCACGGUGACGCUGCUUUCUCUGGACAGGGUAUCGUUUAUGAGACCUUUACUUUAUCCGACCUGCCGGAUUACACGACCCGCGGCACUAUUCACGUCGUGGCGAAUAAUCAGAUUGGUUUCACCACUGAUCCACGUCAUUCACGCUCUUCACCCUACUGCACAGAUGUAGCCCGUGUCGUGAAUGCCCCCAUCUUCCACGUCAACGCCGAUGAUCCGGAGGCCGUUAUGCACGUCUGCAAAGUUGCCGCAGAAUGGCGUGCCACCUUCCACAAAGAUGUUGUGGUGGAUUUGGUGUCGUACCGUCGUGGCGGUCACAACGAGAUCGACGAGCCCAUGUUUACCCAGCCUUUGAUGUACAGCAAAAUCCGCAAAAUGAAGAGCGUGAUGGACAAAUACAGCGCCAAGUUGAUCGACGAGGGUGUCGUCACCAAAGAGGAAGUCGAAGACGUGCGCAACAAAUACGAGAAAAUCUGUGAAGAAGCUUACGUCAAGGCUCAAAAAGAGACUCAAAUCCGCUACAAGGAUUGGCUCGACUCGCCCUGGUCUGGCUUCUUUGAAGGCAAGAACCCGUUGAAGAUGUCCAACACUGGAGUCAUUGAAGAGACUUUGAAGCACAUUGGCAAACGCUUCUCCAGCGCGCCACCCAACGCUGCCGGAUUUGUCGUCCACAAGGGUAUCGAGCGUAUCCUUCGCGCCCGUAUGGAGAUGGUCGAAACCCGCACGGUCGACUGGGCUCUGGGCGAAGCCAUGGCUUUCGGUUCUUUGCUCAAAGAAGGCAUCCACGUUCGCCUUUCGGGUCAAGAUGUGGAGCGUGGCACUUUCAGUCACCGUCAUCACGUCUUGCAUCACCAAACGUCGGACAAGUCGACGUACAAGCCGCUAUGCAACCUCUAUCCCGAUCAGGCCCCCUACACCGUCUGCAACAGCUCACUCUCUGAAUUUGGCGUCCUCGGUUUCGAACUCGGCUACUCGAUGACGAACCCCAACGCGCUCGUCUGCUGGGAAGCUCAAUUUGGCGACUUUUUCAACACGGCCCAGUGUAUCAUUGACCAGUUUAUCGCCUCGGGACAAUCGAAAUGGGUCCGCCAGUCUGGUAUCGUCCUCCUUCUUCCCCACGGAAUGGAAGGCAUGGGUCCGGAACAUUCUUCGGCUCGUCCGGAGCGUUUCCUGCACGCUUGCUCGGAAGACCCCGAGACUUUCCCAGCCGAGACGGAAGAGUUUGCCAUCCGCCAGCUGCACGACACGAACAUGAUUGUGGCCAAUUGCUCGACUCCGGCCAACUAUUUCCACAUCCUCCGUCGCCAAAUAGCUAUGCCUUUCCGCAAACCGCUCAUCAUCUUCACCCCGAAGAGUUUGCUCCGCCAUCCCGAGGCCAAGUCCUCUUUUGAUGAGAUGGUGGAGACGACCGAGUUCCGUCGCGUCAUCCCCGAAACCGGCGUCGCUUCCAACGAACCUGAAUCGGUACGCAAGGUGAUCUUCUGCUCGGGUAAAGUCUAUUACGAACUGAAGAAAGCCCGCGAGGAGCGCGGCCUGGACAACACUGUGGCCAUCACUCGCAUCGAACAAAUCUGUCCGUUCCCGUUCGAUCUAAUUCGCGAUGAAAUCAACAAGUACCCUAAUGCUGAGUUGAAAUGGGUCCAGGAAGAACACAAGAAUAUGGGAGCAUGGUCAUUUGUCCAACCCCGCUUUGAAACGGCUAUGCAAAAGUCCAGCGAACGACGUCUGAGCUACGUCGGACGUGGAGUGUCUGCCUCGCCGGCCACCGGUAGCAAGCGACAACACCUGAAGGAAGCGGCCCAGUUGUUGGCAGACGCCUUCGUCGGACUGUAGAUGUUUCACCGCAAAAUAUCUUGUUAAAAAACAAAAAAAUUCACGCAGCCCAAUUUAGAGCAAAAAAAAAACACGAUGAAAACAAUAGUUAAUGCGACAGAGUCCAUAUAAUCGGAUUAAAAGGAAGAAAGAAAAACUACCCAUCUUUAUAUUCAACGAUGGGCUUUGGCGUCAAACCAACGAUGUAGUAGAAACUCCUGAUAAUCAGAAGAGAACGCAGUCGUUAGUGUUUGACUUUUUUUUUGCGUUUUAGCCACAUUUCACGAAUAUUAUCCUGUUUGUUUCAUUUCUUAGUUUUCUUCCCCUCCUGCCGUCCCGUCGCUCCCAGUUAAUGUGCCCGCGUUUAAUUAGAGACGGCAAAGUGAUUAAAGUUCUUUUUUUUCCCUUCUUGUUCUUCUUUUAUCUGGGAAACGUAGAGACAAAAAAAUGCCGGGCAUCUUCAAAAAAAAAAAAAAAAAAAGAUGUGACUAAAAAAAAAUGUUAUUUUUUCCACAAACUACGCAUAUACGCAUUCAAAUGAGGUUGUGUUUGCUUGCACCGGUCUGUACGGUUUGGAAAAUGUUAGUCUCAAUCUCGAAAUUUGUUUCGUCUUAAUCUCGUCUUCAAAGAAAAAUGAAAAAAAAGAAUAAUAUAUACAAUUAAGAAUA